AUGCAGACGGAGCACUUUACGACCGUUCGGGUCAUUCUGCCGCGAGACGGCGAGGACGACUUCUUGAAAGUCUACGAGAAGAUGCAGGACAACGUCGUGCAGAGAUCUCGGUUGGACGGCAAGCCUGGCUGGCACUUGCUGUUCGCAUUCGGCCGCAGUUGCGAGCGCAAGAUGGCAACACUUUGUGGCGGGUCGUCAUGUUCCGACGCGCAGUUGAUGGCUUCAAGAUGUGUUGAGAAGGUUUACGGCACAGUGCGAAAGGAGAUCCUACGUCUGCUCCGUUGUGAUGCCAAGGGGAGCCCGGCGCUUACAGAGAUUCAGCUAUCUUUGCUCCACAGCGGGUGGCGGGUGGUUCGGGAUGGCGUAGCAAGGAGCUCCACGAACAUGCAGGUUUACUCAACCUGCGCCUUCAACCCUAACGAGAACGAGAAGCUUUGCUCACAGUUCCUCAAGGAUGUCGGCCACGUUCUCCGGAUAGACCCUGACCAGCAAAGCACCCAGCUGUGUCCGCACAUUGCGCAGGCUGCCAUACCCGUGGAGAUUUUGUCUCUGCUUGAGCUCCCUUCCGCGGUGGGACCGCGCUUCCACGUGCUGAGCAAGGGCGGAGGUGGCCUAGGCAGGGCGCCUUCCUUUCAUCUCCAGUUCCCGUCUAAGGCUUGCCUCCGUUCGCCCUUCGGGGCAAUGUCGACGACGGUCAGUGCGACCGGGCGCCCCAAGGCCUACUAA